CAAAGGCGCGGAGGGUGGGAUGGGAAACCGCUUGGGACCGAAGCUCCAGGCUGGGCGGAGGCGAAUGCUGUUUCUCUUCCUACUGUCUUUGUUCCGCCCGGCGCUUUCAGAGCAAAUCCGCUACACUAUUCCAGAGGAGCUGGCCAGGGGCUCGCUGGUGGGGAACCUCGCCAAGGAUCUAGGGCUUGGCCUGCGAGAUUUGCCUACUCGGAACCUGCGCGUUAGUGCAGAGAAGAAAUUCUUCACAGUGAGCACCGAUAACGGAGACUUACUUGUGAGCGACCGUAUAGACCGAGAGCAGGUUUGUGGCAGGAAGUCAGUGUGUGUUCUGGAAUUCGAAAUGGUCGCUGAAAAGCCUUUGAACUUUUUUCAUAUAACCGUGGAGAUUCAGGAUGUCAACGACAACCCACCGACCUUUAGCCAAAAUGUCACUGAGCUGGAAAUCAGUGAACUGACCCCAACUGGAGCCACCUUUGCCCUGGAAUCUGCACAAGAUUCAGAUGUAGGUGUCAAUUCCUUGCAGCAGUACUACCUCAGCCCUGACCCCCAUUUCUCUUUGAUCCAGAAGGAGAACCCAGACGGCAGUAGAUACCCGGAACUGGUAUUGAAGGCUCCCCUAGACAGAGAAGAGCAAUCCUGCCACCACCUGGUCCUCAUGGCUGUGGAUGGGGGUGAGCCAACCAGAAGCUGCACUACCCAGAUCAGGGUAGUUGUGGCGGACGCAAAUGAUAACCCCCCAGUGUUCACCCAGGACGUGUACAGGGUCAAUAUUUCAGAGAACUUACCCCUGGGUUCCUCUGUGCUAAGAUUGAUGGCCACUGACUUGGAUGAGGGCAUCAAUGCCGAGAUUGCCUACACUUUUAUUAACGUUGAUAAGGCAGUAAGACAACUGUUCAAGCUGGACAGUAAAACAGGGGAACUCACCACCGUUGGAAGACUGGACUUUGAAGAGAGAGAGAGCUACACAAUUGGGGUAGAAGCAAAGGAUGGUGGACAUCACACUGCCCACUGCAAAAUACAAAUAGAUAUUUUGGAUGAAAAUGACAAUGUUCCUAAGAUAACCCUGGAUUCUGAAUCUAAAUAUAUAAAAGAAGACACUGAGCUUGGGACUGUUGUUGCUUUGAUCAAAACACAUGAUCUAGAUUCUGGAUUUAAUGGGGAAGUCUUAUGCCAAAUAAAAGGAAAUUUCCCAUUUAAAAUAGUUCAAGAUACAAAAAACACGUACAAGCUGGUGACCGAAAGAGUCUUAGAUCGAGAGAAGACUCCGGAAUACAAUGUCACUAUCACAGCUACGGACAAAGGCAAGCCGCCCCUUUCCUCUAAAAGAAGUGUCAGCUUGAAAGUCUCCGACGUCAACGACAACGCUCCGGUUUUCCACCAGGCCGCCUACGUGGUCCACGUGCCAGAAAAUAACCCACCUGGCGCCUCCAUCGCCCAAGUUAACGCUUCGGAUCCCGAUUUGGGGCCCAAUGGCCAGGUCUCCUACUCCAUCGUGGCCAGCGACCUGGAGCUGCGCGCGCUGUCGUCCUACGUGUCCGUGAACCCGCAGAGCGGCGUGGUGUUCGCGCAGCGCGCCUUCGACCACGAGCAGCUGCGCGCCUUCCAGCUGACGCUGCAGGCCCGCGACCACGGCUCGCCCGCGCUCAGCUCCAACGUGAGCCUGCGCGUGCUGGUGGGCGACCGCAACGACAACGCACCCAGGGUGCUGUACCCGGCGCUGGGGCCCGACGGCUCGGCGCUCUUCGACACGGUGCCCCGCGCCGCGCAGCCCGGCUACCUGGUCACCAAGGUGGUGGCGGUGGACGCAGACUCUGGACACAACGCCUGGCUGUCCUACCACGUGCUGCAGGCCAGCGAGCCCGGACUGUUCAGCGUGGGGCUGCGCACGGGCGAGGUGCGCACGGCGCGGGCCUUGGGCGACAGGGACGCGGCCCGCCAGCGCCUGCUGGUCGCUGUGCGCGAUGGGGGACAGCCGCCCCUCUCGGCCACCGCCACGCUGCUCCUGGUUUUCGCCGACAGCCUGCAGGAGGCGCUGCCGGACCUCAGUGACCGCCCGGCACCCUCUGACCCCCAGGCUGAGCUGCAGUUUUACCUGGUGGUGGCCUUGGCCUUGAUCUCUGUUCUCUUCCUCCUCGCGGUGAUUCUGGCGGUCGUCCUAAGUUUGCGACGCUCCUCCAACCCUGCCACCUGGAGUUGCUUUCAAACUAGUUUUUGCUCCAAAACUGGACCUGGAGUCCUCCCCAACUAUGGGGAAGGGACUUUACCUUAUUCCUACAAUCUGUGUGCUGCCACACAUUCCUCAAAGACUGAGUUUAAAUUUCUCAAUAUAAGGCCUGAAAAUGCUCCACCACAAGACCUUCUGUGUAAUGAAGCCAUUUGUCUUGAAAGUACCAGUAAUGACAAUCCCCAAGUGACUUCUAAUUCAGUCAAUUUGCAACAGCAGAGAUGCAUGAAUUGAAGAAAUGAAAGAAUU